CGCCGUACCACAACAGCACUUGGCGUCGCUGGCACGGCGCCUUGACGAGUUUCCACGUCGUGUCGCUACCGCAUCUUCGCACGCCAUAGCCUGAUAGCCAUGGCCUACCCCUCCUCGUCCCACCGAGAAGAAUCGCCGCCGGCGCCGGAGCAGGCGACGAGGGACUGGGCGGAGCUGCCGCGGGACGCGCUGCUCACCGUGCUCCAGAAGCUGGGCCACGUGGACAUCCUCAUGGGGGUCGCGCAGGUGUGCGGGCCCUGGGCGCGGGCGGCGCGGGAGGAGCCCGAGCUGUGGCGCCGCGUCGACCUGCGCCUCCACGGCCGCCGCCUCAUGCCCCCCCGCCGCGCUAACAGCAUGGCGCGGGAGGCCGUCAGGCGCGGCGCGGGGCAGUGCCAGGCCUUCUGGGCCGAGGGCGCCCUGGACCACAGCGUCAUCUCCCUCCUCGGCGAUACAUCGGCGCUAUCACUGAAGAGCCUCCGUCUCAUCUAUUGCGAUUGGAUCUACGACACACCUCUAGCGUUAACGAUGACAAAAUUCACUCUCCUAGAGGAGCUAGAGCUCUCGAACUACCGCGCGGACUUCCCCAAGACGUGUACGGCUGCCGGCAAGGCCUGCCCACUCCUGAAGCGUCUCCGGCUGAGCAGCGAGCGAUUCGUUAAACACAGCCAAGUACCCGCAGAUGGGGAGGCGGCUGCGAUCGCCACAACGAUGCCUGGGCUGCGAUCGCUGCAGCUCUUCGCGAAACGCCUCACAAACGGUGGCCUGGCGGCCAUCCUCGAUGGCUGCCCACUCCUGGAGUCACUCGACAUCCGCCACUGCUUCAACAUUGUGAUGAAUGACGAGCUGUGUGCGAGGUGCUCCCUGGUCGAGAUGCUCAGGCACCCCCACGACCCAACAGAUGACUACGAUCUCAAGUUCUCUUCGCCGGACAUGGACUACCCCUGGGUGAGGAUGACACCGCAGACCGAAUACUAUGACGAAUGGGAGUUCAGUUCACGCUAGUGUCAAUUGGUUCGGCGUCCUUGAUUACGUGAAUGUCUACACAGUUGUGCAUACUUUACAUGCAUGCAUGUUACCAGAUUGUCAUCAUGAUUCUGAGAAUAAUGUGCAGUUCCCUUAUUUAUGCUCUGAAUAAUAUUGUCAUUAUCGGAUAGAAUGACUGUUGCUACAAUUAAAUUUGUUCACAUUUGAUUGUAGCAGUUGCACUACUCUUAACGAAGAGGUACAGAUGGAAAAUUAUUUUGUAGGUCAUCAACAUUUCAAAGUCA